AUGGCUUCUCGUGUGAAUACAAAGUUCGUCGUCAUUCUGAUCGUUGCGGUUGUUGCGAUCCUUGGGAUGCUAUUCGCGGCAUAUACCGUCGUUACGAAGACCCCUGAAGACCUUGCGAGAAAGGGCGACGAGGCGAUGGCGGCGGGUGACCAUGAAACCGCACGCGAGAUGUACUCACGAGCAGUGAGUAAAGACCCAACGAUUGUUGAGAACCUUGAGAAGUGGAUCGAAACAAUCGAGAUGUGGAUUCCGGAAACCGAGCCCGCGUUCUACGACGCAUUCCGACGAGACUACUUGGGCGCGAUCCAUCAGGCGGCGAUCGUACAACGCACGAAUGUUGAUGCGUACCACCGCGAGAUUGGGCUGCAGUUCGAACUGCUUCGCCGGGAGUAUUCGCGUUCUAUGGCGGACAACAUCAUCUCCCGCACAACUCAAGUCCUUGGGAACUUUGAUGGGCUUAGUGGAGUCGAUCCAGCAUGGCCAACUUUGCGUCGUUACCGCGGACUCGCGUGGUAUCGGAUCGCGGAACGCGGCGGUGUGAUUGAGCCUGAGCAGUAUGAUCUGAUCCGUGAUGAUCUCACCGCUGCACUCGAAGCCAAUCCAGAAGAUGAGCUCACCCGAACCGCGCUGAUGCGAUGGCUGAUAAUUGAAGCAGUACAACAAGUCGAGGAAGAAGACAUCACUCCUGUGGUUGAAGCUCGUGCACAAGCUGUCGCGAUGGGUGAAGCACACAUGACUGAGUAUCCGAACUCGCCGUUGGUCGCUGUCACCCUGAUGGGGAUCAAGGUCGAGAGUUCAGGAUCAGAUGCGUAUUACGGAGAUAAUGAGAGUGAUUCAGCUCGGACACAAGCGAUUCUGAGUUCAUGGACUGCACUCCAAUCAGAGUUGGAUGAACUCCAAUCAUGGCUGAUGAGCUUGGAGCCUGAGAACCUGAGCAUGAUCAUGCUGAAUCGUUUCGUUGAGGUCGAAAUUCGGAUCGAUCCAUCGAGCAGACUUUCAAGGAGCAAUGAGCUGGUGAAGAAGGUACUCGCUGCUGAUCCAGAAUCAAUCGAGGCAAUGGUUUCUGCGGCUGGUCUGAGCGCUAUCCGUGGUGAUAUUGACGAAGCAGUUGUGCUCUACAAAAAUAUUAUCGAUCUCCCACCCCAGCCAAUUGGUAUCGACGGGAUCAUGCUGUUCAACUCCAAGCGUGAGGCAAUGCUGACGACUGCUUCGAUCAAGCUAGAUUCAUACGCUCGUAUGCAGAACGAACCCGAUACUGAUCCGGCAGUGAUGCAAAGCGAGCUGGAUGAAGCGAUCGCUGCACGCGACCAGUAUGCUUCGCGUGUUACGGAAGACAACACGAACUUGAUGCUCAUUGACGGACGGCUUGAGUAUGUGAAUGGCAAGUUUGAAGAUUCGCUUCGCUUGCUCAGCAUGUACAACCAGCAGACUGAUAACUCGAACACUGAUGGUUUGUGGUUUGAAGCUCUCGCGGCACGUGAGCUGCGUCAACUCGGGACAACUCGCGAUGCGUUGGAACGGUUGAUCGCGAAGAAAUCUCAUGAUGUACGCGCACUCCUCGUCCUGGCUGAUACAUACAUGCAGCUCCAGGACAAUCGGAAGGCGAAAGAGUUGUUCCAGAAAGCGCUUGUGAGCGAUCCAGCAAACCAAACAGCACUCAAUGGAAUCGCAAAGAUCGAGGCAUUUGACAAUCCUGAUCUGAUUGAUGAUCCGGUCGCGGCUCUGAUUAUCAGAGCACGGCAGGUUCGUCGUGGCAAAGACGGACAGCCGGGUGAUAUUUCGGAGGCGAUCAACAUCCUCAGAGACGGGCUGGAAAGUGUGAACUAUGCCCCGGAUGUCGUCCGCGAUCUUGUUUCAAUGAUGCUUGAUCAGGGGGAUAUCAAUGGCUCGCGAGCAUUGCUUGAUCGCGCAGUAGCAGCCAAUCCAGAUGACAGAACACUGAGCGACAUGCAAACUGCGGCACAGGGGAAUGACGAGUCUGAGAUCCUGAUCCGCAUGAUCGAACUUUCCGAUCGUGAGGAACUCGAUAAGCUGAUCUCGAUCGCUGGCGUUGCGUUCACUCGCGGCAAGUUUGAUGUCCUCGAUGACACGAUUGCGAGAUUGUUAGAGGUCGCACCAGAUGACAGCCGCGUUAUUGAUCUUGCCUUCGUGCGUGCAAUCGGUCUUGACCAAGAAGAUCGCGCGAAAGAGUUCGCUGAGUUGGCUACGAAGAACAACACCGACCGUGUCGGGGGUUUGACAUACCAAGCGCGACUGGCUUCUUACCAAGGCAACAACGAGCGUGCCGUGCAGCUUCUCCAGCAAGCAGGUGAAAGCGGGGUCGCUGGCGCCAAUGUGUUCCGUAUGCUCGGGAUUGAGCAGAGGGGACUCGGGCGAGAAGAGGCGGCGAUUGAGUCCUUUGAGCGUGCGCUUUCUAUCCGACCAGAUGACCAGUCCAGCAUCAUGGAGUACAUCAAUACACUCAACUUGUUCCGUCGCUACAACGCGUCAUUGGAUAUUGCAAGACGAUUCCAGAAGUACGCGAUCGACAAUCCUGAGUUCCUCACCAUUUGGCUCACGCUUGAAGCGGCAUACGGUGGGCCUGAGGGUCAAGAGUUCGCGAUCCGUCAAAGAGAGAAGUUCCUUGAACUCGAUCCGAACAACAUCCCGAACAACUUUGCUCUAGCGAGCUUGUACAUCGAGACUCGUCGUUGGGAUGAAGCUCAGCAACUGAUUGAUCAGAUUUCUGCGGAAGAAGACUCGCUCAGAGUCGCAGAACUCAAAGCUCGCUGGUAUGCGGAUCAGGGACGUGUGGGCAAUGUAAACGGACUUUCGGCGGCUCAGCAGGUAUUCACGGAUUACAUCGAGAAGAACCAGGAUGAGAUCGAUGCCGCUCCAUACAUUUCGCUCGCGCGAUUCAUGCUUGAUCGUGGUCGUCCAGAACUCGCAAUCCAAGCGGCGUCAAACGCGGUAGAGCGUCAAGAUCCCGAAACACUCGACGGAACGAAGCUGUUGGGUGAUUUGUUCCUGAUGCUCAAUCAGUAUGCGAAUGCGGCGACCGAGUUUGAGAAGGUGGUCGAAGGCGGAGCGGAUAUCGAGGACAACUACCGACUUCGUUUGAUUGACAUGCUGAUCAGGACUCGUCAGUUUGAGUCUGCCAGAAAGCACUUCGAUCUGCUUGUAAAGGAAAAUCAAACGACCAAGAUCGCGAUGCUACAGAACUCUGAAAUUGAGGAAGGCCUUGGGAAUAGCGCCGAGGCGUUGAGACUGCUUGAUCAAGCCGUCGCAACAUUCUCGGAUGAUCCUCUCGUUUACAUCAAGCGCGCGGAGUAUCACGCAGGAAACGAAGAACGCUUGACUGACCUGCUCGCGGAUGUUGAUGCGGCGUUGCAGAUCAAUCGGAAUGACUGGCGUGCAUAUCGAGUCCGUGCUGCUGGGUACUUCGCUGUUGACCAACGCAAGGAUGCACUGAGAGAUCUUCAGCGUGCUGUGCGAUUGAAUCCGAGCUUGGAUCAAGCUCUCUACGGCAUCAUCAAUGAGAUGAUGAUCGAUAACCGGAACUCUGAAGCGUAUGACUUCGCUCUCGAGAUUGUGCAAUCUCGGAUGAAGGAUGCUUCCCUGCUGAACUCUCUUGGUCAGCUGUUUGCCUCGCGAGGGGACUGGGAGCAUGCGACGCAGUUCUACAAAAUCGUGUGGAACACCCAGCGGACCCCGAAUGCGGGCGCGACGCUGAUUGACUCAUUGGUGCGUACAAGAAACCCUGACACGAAUCUCGCUAACUCGAUCAUUCAGGAUCUGACUGAUAUCGCGGGUGAGAUUGAUUCCAGUCCGGGGUUGCUCGCUGCACAGGCGCUUAUUCUGCAAGCACGCGGGCGAGACCAACUCGCGCUUCAGCAGUUGACCAAGGCGUUUGACCUUUCGAGCAACGAUGACCAGUUGUUGAUCCAGUGGUCUGGCAACAUCUCUCGCUUCUUCGAGGGUCAGCCGAUGAAUGAGCAGAUUGAAUAUCUGCAGACGCUCAAACAACGGAAUACAAACCCAGAAGUGCUCAACUGGAUCGAUCUGUUCAUCGCACAGCGGCUUGUCAGCGUUGGUCAGCAGACUGAUAUCGCAUUCCGUAUCUAUGACAAGUUGUCUCAAGCUCGAUCACAGCCGGUGUUGCAGAGAUUGACACUGCAGAGCUAUGGAACCACGAUGUUCACUCAAGGCCAGUUUGAUCGUGCCGCUGAGAUGUGGGGCAAAGGCGUGGAGCUGUUCCCAGGGGAUUGGGAAAUGAGCAACAACCUCGCAUAUGUGCUCUCUGCAGAGCUUGGUGAGCAUGAGCGUGCACUCGAGCUUGCUCUGAGCGCGAUUGAGAUGAACCCGAAUCGAUCCGAGCCGUAUGACACACUGGGGAAUAUCUACACCGCUCUCGGUGAGUAUGACAAGGCGAGUGAGGUCUUGGCGAAUGGUAUGAAAUAUGCGUUAUCGGUCCGUUCUCGCGUGACGCUGGUGAUUGCGCAGAUCAACAUCGAUCUCGCCCAAGGGCGAGUUAGCGAGGCACGCUCGAAACUCACUGAUAUUCAAGCAUUGAUGCGUGCUAUGCCAACGCGUGAUGUAGGACUGGAACAGGAUGUUGAGGCGAUUGAAGCAAAGAUCGACUCAGCCGGAUAA